AGCAGCAGCAGCAGCAGCAGCAGCAGCAGCAGCAGCAGCAGCAGCAGCAGCAGCAGCAGCAGCAGCAGCAGCAGCAGCAGGGGCCGGGUUCGCGAGGGCCAAAAGACAGUCCGUCAGCCGAGAGACUGACAGCAGCGGAGCCACUCCUGCAGCAGCAGCAGCAGCAGCAGCAGCAGCUCAGGCAGCAGCAGCAGCAGCUCAGGCAGCAGCAGCGGCCGGAGCAGCAGCAGCAGCAGCAGCAAAAGCCGCAGGAGCCUCAGCAACCACAGCAGCAACAAGGGCAGCAGCAGCAAGGACAGCAGCAGCAAGGGCAGCAGCAGCAAGAGCAGCAGCAGCAAAAGCAGCAACAGCAGCAGCAGCAGCAGCAACAGCAGCACGUGCUGUGGGACCCCCGAACUGCAGCAGGAGCUGCAGCCGCAAAGCGUCAGCAGCAAGAUCAGUCAGCAGCAGAUGGCGGAAGCCUAAAGAAGACAUCCCUAUCAGCAGCAGACACAGCUGCGGGAGAGUGUGGGGUCGCAGCUGCCUGUGGCUGCAGCCAGCAGCAGCGGCAGCUGCGCCAGCUGCUUCGGACUCAGCUGCUGCAGCGGCAGCAGGGGGGCCCCCUCAAAGUCCCUUGGGGCCCCCUGGGGGCCCCCCUGGGGGCCCCCCUGGGGGCCCCCCUGGGGGCCCCCCGUGGGGCCCCCCAAGAUGUACAGCAGCCGCUGCAAGAGCUCAGGGGGGCAGUGCUGCAGCAGCAAACAGCGCAGCAGCAGCAGCAGCAGCAGGUAAGGAGGCAGCAGCGGCUGCGGGGAACUUGGAGCAAAGUAGAAAUUGCAGCUGCAGCAGCAGAUGCUGCAGCAGCAACAGGCAUACAGCAGCAGCAGGCAGUGCUGCAGCAGCAAACAGCGCAACAGCAGCAGCAACAGCAGCAGCAGCAGGUAAGGAGGCAGCAGCGGCUGAGGGGAACUUGGAGCAAAGUAGAAAUUGCAGCUGCAGCAGCAGAUGCUGCAGCAGCAACAGGCAUACAGCAGCAGCUACAGCAGCAGCAGCAGCUACAGCAGCAGCAGCAGCAGCUACAGCAGCAGCAGCAGCAGAUAGAGCAGCAGCAGCACCUGCAGCCGCGCUAG